AUGGAGAAAAUACCAGCGACCACUGUACUGCCAGCACCCUCUUCGCCCUCACGGAAGCAUCCCUCGAGCAGACUGCAUGGAGCUCUCAAUUUCUUCAACCUGUCCGAUAGACUGACCUUGGCUGAUUUAGACUAUGCUAUACAACUUCGCAAUGCCGACCAAGCCUGGUCCAUAUUUGUUACCCUUGCUUCUCGACAUGACGACGAUACAAUACCCUUGACCAUGUGCUGCUCCUUAUACGCCCUCUUGAAUUUUGCGAAAAAACUGACGGGAUUCUCCAACAGAGCAUCGAAAUUUCGACAAAAGCAGCUUGAUCAAUUAUUAGAGUAUGUCCAGUUUCACCAAAGCUCAAUCGAAUCAUUUCUGUCAUCCAUCGAGGAGAUUCCCAUAUCUAAUCACAAACAACUGCUGAAAGCGAUCCGAACAGGGGACCAUCAUGGAGCGUGGACCACAUUUUACAAGUUUCACAAGGAGGGUAAAAAGGGCAAAGUGGAUCCGUCGAAAUUACCGCGAAAUACGUGCAUUCAGCUGAUGAUGAUGGUGAUGAAGGACAAACGCUUGGACAGGAACCAGCUGAAAUCAAAGCUGCAGUUGAUAGCGUUGCAUGGUUCAGGCAUUUCGGAAUAUGAUAGCAGGUACUUGUCAGCCGCUGAUCUCGGUCGUUUAGCGUACAUUUGUCAUGGAUACCAGCAAAGCGCGGCAACAGCACAUGGCUUGAUUGACGAAUUUGUGAUGGGAUUACCAAAGAAAAAGCAAGCCAACAGAGCAGAUGCGUUGGACGAGCUGAUAUGGAGAAUUUUGGUAAACGGUGAUCUGCACAAGGCGCAACAAGUGCUAGAUACAGUGCAACAAAGCAUGGCAGACAAGGUGAAAAUCAACGAGAUGGUGUAUGUGAAUCUGAUGAACGCAUACCGGCGGCAAGAAAAGUACCACGAGUCGCUAAAGACCUUUGAGCAAUUUCUUGAAACAAAGCAGCGGCCUACCAUCAAAGCUUUUAACGCCGUACUACAAAUCUUUGCAGCACAGGGAUCAGCAGAUAGGGCAGCAUUUAUAUUCGAAACGAUGAAUCAGCUGGAUGUCGAGCCUGAUGCAGCAACAUAUACCGAAUUGAUUCGAGCCAAUGGACAUGCGGGACAUUCAAAGAUGUGCAUUCACUUUUACAACAAGAUGCUUCAAAGCAAUAUUCCACCCAAUGUGUACACUUACAGCGCACUCAUCGAAGCAGCAUCUCGACGACAUGACAUCAAAUCUGUAUUUCGAUGGUUUCAAAUCAUGAUAUCAGACAACAUUCAGCCUAAUCAAGUCGUUAUAUCUUGUAUAUUAAAAUCACUCUCCAAACAACACGACGAUUACCCCAAUAUGCCAGAAGCUGUACUCCACAUUGCACAUCAAGCAGCCAUGUCGGGUGUCAAGACUGAUGCAGCUCUUUAUACCAUCCUGCUGAAAAUGCAGGCAGAAUCAAUUGGAAUUGAGGGGGCCCUAAAAGUGCACCGCGAUAUGCUAGCACAAUCUGUCGAACCCAACACGUUUACGUACACCAUUCUCAUGGAUGCUUGUGGAAAGAGCCAGAUGCCAGAAACCGCUGAAAAGAUAUUUGAACUGAUGAAGAAGAGUCAGCGACAUCAGCCGAAUACAGUGACCUAUAGUGUCAUGAUGGAUGCCUGGUUGAAAAACGACAAAAGGGACAAGGCGGAAUCGCUCAUACUAGAGUUCCUGAAACAAUGUAAAUCUGACAAAACGGGACGAUUUUGGCUAGACUCGAGGAUCACCAAUCGAAUUAAAUCUAGAUGCUGUUGA